CUCGCUACCUGCGCGUUCUUAAUUCAAACAAAUUGUCACUGUUAUUAAAGAAUAGCCGCUAUUUUAUUCUACUCGUUGUGUUUUAAAUACCUGUGACAUUGCAGUAGAAAAUACUAAGUUGUGUUGUGUUUAUGCGCGACUUAAGAAUACAGUUAUGUGUUAAGAAAUCACAGUUUCGACCUAUUAAGUAGCUGUCAUUCUUAUUGAAUCGUACUAGUGAAUGUAGUGUUUUUUUAAAUUGUUUGUGAAUAACUUCAGGGAUUGCUGUUGGAAUGUACUGUUAGAGCAGAAAAAGACACCGGUAGCAUCAUGCAAAACGCAACAGACACCUCGCCACCUUCAGGCGUAGUGGAACUGCGUGAAGACAUCCCACUAAAAGCUGGAGCUACCAGUGGUGGCAGCUGUGGUACUCCACGUCUCAUCGCUGGAUGCUUCGCGGCUCUGUCCGCCGCUGUUACCAUAGCCCUGCUCACGCAGAUAUACUAUGGAGACUACCAGGUGGUGCCCCACGGUUCCGUGUCAAGCGCAGCAGAAGCCUGUUCCUCAGCAGGCACGGGCGCUCUCAAAGCUGGAGGUCGAGCGAUGGAUGCUGCUGCAGCAGCGGCAUUAUGUCUAGCGUUGCUCGCGCCACAUCGUACUAGCAUUGAUGCGAGCGGAAGCCUUCUCUACUGGGAGUACCGUAACCGCACCGCGCGCGACGAAGGCCCCACGCUCAUUGAGUGGGGGGGACCGAAUCAGGGGGGCGUGCCAAGACUGGUGGUGGCUUUGGCGCUGUUGCACGCGCGAUAUGGCGCGUUACCUUGGAGCCAGGUGUUACAGCCAGCUAUAGAUCUCGCCAGAGGCGGUUACACAGUGUCAAGAGGUUUGGCAGCGGCGGCAAGCGAUGCCGGUCGCGCCGGUUGGCUCGCAAACGGCGUGCGCGCCGACGCCGUAUACGCCGACUAUCUUGAGACACUUCAGCGCAACACUAGUGCAGAGCUAUCGUCAAUCUGGGCCAAAGACGCCUCUGCGGUGCGGUUUUCGUCACCGCAAGCCGCAGUAACUGGCGGCUGGAGACUAUUCGCCGGCGGCGCAGGCGCAGCGACAGCGGGGAGAGCACUAGUCGGAGCUAUUGAGAUACCCGUCGACGUCGAUGAAGCUGAACGCAGGGUAGUUGCUGCGCUUGUGAAUGAAGCUCACGAUAAAGCAUCGGUGGCAGGCGGCGUGGCGACUGGCCUGGCUGUGGUAGAUCCUACUGAUUCCUACGUAGCACUUGUGACGGGACUAUCAGUGCCAUUCGGUACACAGCCACCUUGGGGCGUGGAUGGCGCGGGCGAAGGCAGCGUUGCAAUUGCUCGCGAUUCACCCGUUGCGCUGAUUGAUCUCGCUCCUGCCAUUUUACUCAACGAGAACGUCUGUGGUACUCGCUACGUGCUUGGCGCUGAAUCGGCAAACGCGCUAGCGCAAGCGGCGGCCUCGCUAGCAACCAGCGCCGGCGACGAGCUUGGUCCGGCGAUAGAGAGAGCUCGCGUCGGCGUGCUGCCAAACGGCGUGUUGGCCUUGGAGUCGGCGCCGCCGCCGUCGCUCCAAACUUUAAUCGGCGCGACGGUCAACGCUUCCCUUCCUUAUCCCGCGGUGAAUGUUGUGCAGCAGAGGGGCGAUGCGUUGGCUAGUCAUGCUGAUAGUCGCAGCGGAGGGCUUUCUUCGCGUUUUUAAUUGCACUUACGUACGAUAUUCGUGAACAUUAAAGUAUUAUAGAUAUAUAAACUUGAGUCUCCAAAGACAUGCUGCUAAAUAAGUAUUUUGUAGUUGAAGCUAGAGUUUGCCUCAGGAUUGUAAUUAUACGCUGCGUCUGUUUUCAUAAAGCUAUGCUAUGUUGCUCUUGAAAAUAGGUGCAUGCCUGUCUGCUUGUAAAAUUAUACUCAUAAGGUUGUCCAGUAUAUUAUAUAAAGUAGGUUUUUAAAUUUAUUAGGUAAUCACUAGCAGAGCUACUAGUAUUUAACUACAUAUUUUAGUUGUAAUAAUUUUCUCACAGCACUCACUUCAGAAAAGUUACUUUCAAUAUAAUAAUGGCAGCUUGAUAAUGAAAGUGUACCUUUCACUUUGAUAUAUUUAUAAAGACUUUUAAGAAUAAUACUCGUAACUUAAUUUAUUAUGAACCGCAUUUAUAAUGUUAACUACUUAUUUACACUAAUAUUUAUUUCGUUAUAUGUUACUGUUCAAUAAAAUCGUUGCUUUAA